AUGAAGGUCCUUACCAAAGAAGAAGAACAGGCACAUUACAAUGCCACCAUCAAGGGCGGAUCCAUUGCCGGUCUUAUCGGUACCACAAUCGGUGCGGUGGGUGUCAUAGGUGCUAGCAGGAGGUUUCCCGCUUUCCGCGCCCUUACCAUCCCCUUCCGAACCUUCCUCGUCGCAUCCACUGGAACUUUCGUUGCCGUCCUCGGCGCCGAUCGUGCCUCCGCUCAAUACGACAUCGAUCACAACCCCGAAAAGCAGCGCGAAAUCGCCCGCGAGAAGGAACGUGAGGAGAAGCUCAUUGCCGGCAAGACCACUCUCGAGCGCGCAAAGGAAUGGGCUGAGGAGAACCGUUACCCCAUCAUCUUCGGCUUUUGGGUACUCUCCAUGGGUGGAUCCUUCAUCGCCGUGAACCGCAACAAAUAUCUCUCUGGCUCCCAGAAACUCGUUCAGGCACGUAUGUAUGCACAGGGCGCGACACUCGCCGUCUUGCUCGCCUCCUUUGCUUUCGAGACAAACGACGCAAAGAAGGGCAAGGGUCGGUGGGAGACUAUCAAGGUCAUCGACCCCAACGACCCCGAGCACAAGCAUUUGAUCGAGAAGAGAAUCCAUCACGAGCGCUAUGCCGGCGAAGAUCAAUGGAGAGAUAUGGUCGCGGCUGAGGAAGCUCGCCUCGAAGCCAGAAAAGCUGAGGCAAAGGCACAACAGAAGGCUGAAUAG